GCCGCCGUUAAAAUUAUCACUUGCCUUUGACUUUAUCCGCUGUCAAACUAUAUCAUCAAAACAAUAACAAACUACACGUGUAAAACAAAUACAAGAAAAAAACAACACAAAAUUCAUAAAAAUGACAAAUUUACGCAAAGAAUUAGAAAAAUGUAAACAUCCCAACAGUCGCAAGACCAAAGCUCUCAGCAAAAAAGCGCGCCGGCAAAAUAACAAACACAAACAGAGAAUGGGUCAUGCCAUCAAAUCGAAUAUAAUGGGAGAAAAGUUAAGUUGGUUUCUAGAACAUAUCGAAGAAGGAAGAACACAACCUCUGACACCACAUGAAUUUGAGGAACUUAUCGAAUUGUAUUUGAAAAGAUUCGAUGAAGAGUUAGAACAAAUUGCUUUGAAACAGUCUAUAAGUAAAAAUCGUUCACAUCAGCAUGUUGCUAGACAAGAUGUGAUUAAAAUUACAUUGGAAAGAGAGACUGGAGAAUAUAAAACGGGAGGAAUGCAACUUUUAAAUCUUUGUGACCCCGUUAAAUUUAAAUCGCUACUGGAUUGGGAUGGCAGUGCCAUAAAUGUUCAACAUCUUAAGGUAGAAUUAAUAUCUUAUAAUAUGCUGCAAAGACUUAAAAAGGAAUAUGAGGAGAAAGGUAAUUCCCAAACAGAAGCUACUGAAAACGCCUCCACCUCCUCUCAAAGCAAAGAAGAAUCCAUGGAAACUUGUUAAGAGUUAUAUUUAAAAAUUAAAUAAAAUGUUAUAUUUAAAACA